CGCUGCGCGCCUCACGGGGGGAUCGUGCGUGUGCACGUGCACGGGAAGCGCGUGUAUUGGUGUGUGUGUGUGGGGGGGUGUGCUCCUCCGGGAUCGCAUCGCGGGAGCAUGGAGGCACGUGCGUUGCAGCAGAGGCGUCACAAUGGUUUCGAGAAGAUAUCUCCAAGCUCCUCUUUGGCUUUUUUGUUUCAGCACACAAGAGUUGUCUGACGCAUUUUUUCGCCCCCCCCCCAUACACAAAUGGAUGGCGAGAGUCAACGAUGGCAGCCUGCAAGAGGAUAGGACCCCCCUUCAAACAUCUGAGCAGCUCCUCUCAGCUUGAGGGACAUCUAAUGGAGGACUUUUGGUGCAAAUAUGAAGAAAGACACUUACUCGUGUAACUUUAUGUAGGUCACACGUGACCCCCUCCCUCCUCAUAUCAAGUGUCUUUGCAACAUUUUUAAAAGCAGCACUUGGCGAUCCAGUGGAAGGCACCCACUUUCAUCACCAUCACCUCCGCCACGAUGCUCCGCGCAGGACCCACCGACAGCGGCGGCGCCCGCCGGACAUCGCGCUCACUCGGCGGCCAGUGAAGGCGAGUGAUGCCGGACACUCUGACCGUCCUCCGCAACCGCUCGGAGGAGCCGCGGAUGGGCCAGCUGGAGCGGGCGCUGGCCGGGGAGGAGAGCGGCCGCCCCGCCUGGGUCAUCGCCAUCCUGGCCAGCGUUCUGAUCUUCACCACGGUGGUGGACGUACUGGGCAACCUGCUCGUCAUCAUCUCCGUGUUCCGCAACCGAAAGCUGAGGAACUCUGGUAACGUGUUUGUGGUGAGUUUGGCCUUUGCCGACCUGGUGGUGGCAUUCUACCCGUACCCGCUGGUUCUCUACGCUCUCUUCCAUGACGGCUGGGCGCUAGGAAACAUUCAAUGCAUGGUCAGCGGUUUCCUCAUGGGCCUGAGCGUCAUUGGUUCCAUCUUCAACAUCACGGGCAUCGCGGUGAACCGAUACUGCUACAUCUGCCACUCCUUCUCCUACAGCCGGCUGUACAGCUACCGCAACACGCUGCUGUUCGUCGCCUUAAUAUGGCUGCUCACCGUGGUGGCCAUCGUGCCCAACUUCUUUGUGGGCUCGCUGCGCUACGACCCCCGCGUCUACUCGUGCACGUUCGCCCAGAAUGUCAGCAGCUCCUACACGGUGGCGGUGGUGGUGGUGCACUUCCUGGUGCCCAUUGCCGUGGUCACCUUCUGCUACCUGCGCAUCUGGAUUCUUGUGAUUCAGGUGCGACGCAAAGUCAAGACGGAGGAGAGCCCUCGCCUCCGACCCAGUGACCUUCGUAACUUCAUCACCAUGUUUGUGGUCUUCGUGCUCUUCGCCAUCUGCUGGGCACCGCUCAACCUGAUCGGCCUGGCGGUGGCCAUCAACCCGUCUCGCGUGGGCCCGCUCAUCCCUGAGUGGCUGUUUGUGGUCAGCUACUUCAUGGCGUACUUCAACAGCUGUCUCAACGCCGUCAUCUACGGCCUGCUCAACCGCAACUUCAGGAACGAGUACAAGCGUAUCGUCACCUCCGUGUGGGUGACGCGGCUCUUCGUCACCGAGACGUCACGGGCCGCCACCGACGGUCGCAGCCUGCGCAGCAAGCAGUCGCCACCGCCAGCACUCAACAACAACGAGUCGCUCCGGGAUCGCACAAACAAAGACUGAAAAAAAAAACUCAACACCCAACUAAAUCGUUGUUUUCUUCAAGUGCUCAUUUCGUUAAGACUGCUUAGAGGCCGCAUCAUCCCAGGAGAACUGAGCUAUGGGUUUGCGCCUCGGUGCCAUUUCCACGACGACUCAAAAAAACAACGUGAAUGCUACAUUAAGAUCACAUGACACGUGUGAUGUGCUUUCUCACGCGUGUUUCACUAUGAGAACUGCAACUUCCAAAGCCUCAAAUUGUCUAACUCGCCUCACUUGAAUGCCACCUUAGUAACAAAAAACACAAGGGAUGAUGUCAUGGUGCAACAUGCUCUCUCGAGAAUUUAGUAGGAAGUGAUUAAAAAAAAAAACAUCCCCAGAAGCCAUGUAAAAACAUGGCGACAAACUGCGCUAUAAGAUUUUCUACUAAUGAUGGUGCACUUUUUUUUGUAGGAAAUCCUCCUAAAUUCUCGCAAGAGCAGCCUCCGGAUGUGCAAACCGUACCGUCCCGUUCUAGCUGGAGUCAGUGCAGCACUCAGAAGGACCAGAAACGUAGUAAUGCUUAGUAAAAACACAAUCAGGAAGUGAUUUUCCACAAACAAUGUGUGAGCAAACAUGGCACAAACAGACGCUGCAUGUGGUGAAGCAGGAUGAGGACGCCUCCUCUCUAAAGCCGGGUGUCCAAACUUUCUCCAUUCAAGGUCAGAAAAAUUCAAUGACGCCACUUUGAUAGAUAUUGUACCUUAAAGAUACUAAAAGCAAUCCAAUAUAGGCCUAUAUUUAUGUAUAUAUUUUUUUAUUUUUGUUUUUAUUUCCAUUUAUAUUAAUUUUUUUGUAUUUAAUUUUUGUUUUUAUUUCCAUUUAUAUUCAUUUUUUUGUAUUUAAUUUUUUGAUUUUUUUUUUCAUUUUUGUUUUUAUUUCCACUUUUAUUUAUUUAUUUAGUUAUUUAUUAUUUUGACAGUUUUGGUCCUCCAUAUAAAAAGCCCGUUAACCACCUUCUCAAUAUGGCUUUAAUAUUAUGAGAGACAGCCAGACAUGAAAUAACACCCCUAUAGUCACCUUUAAAUUGGUAUAACCCAAUAUGGUAGACACAAUCACAGAAAAUAAGACUCACACACGUCCGCAUCUAACAUUUUUUUUACUGCCAGUUGGUGCAGUGGCUACAUUACUGACACCUAGUUACUAGUGUUGACUACUACAUAUCACUGUGUUUUCAGUGCAUUUUCCGAAUGUUGAAUAUAUGUAUUUUAGCUCAUUUAAUCAUUUGUAUGCUUGGAAAUGCUUAGUUGAGGCUAAAAAUCUUAAAAAUAUGCUAAAAUUUGCACAUUUUUUGACUGAUAAUAAGCUGUAGUCAACCUUGGAAUAUCAUGAUUUAUAAAUAAAUAUAUUAUGUAAAAAACCUGGCGCGGUACGACUAUAUGCUAGGCUAAGUAUCUUAGUUUUGUGUUGUAGUCGACAAAGCAAAUUGGUAUAAUACGUCUCAUGAAUAAUCAAUUGAUUAUAUUUUCAGAAUAUGCGGAGGGCCAAAGAUGGCCGUGCACUGUGGUCACCCCUGAUUGAAAAGCAUCAUGUCCAUUAGCAAUGUGAGGUGUAGACACGGCGUAACAUUGUGUCAAUAAGAUUUCUAAUUAAAGGUAAACAGCAGUGGAUUUAAAGCUACUAAAUAAAUAGGAUUUGACUAUAAACACAUUGCAUGCUAAUCAGCUCGGUACCCAACAUGCUGUCAAUCUGUUCACACAACUUCUACAUUCAGGAUUCAAUUCCUUGUUUAUAGUUUUGUAGUAAAAUGCAGUGAUAGCAGUGUAGUAGAAGUACCGUAAUGGUAUGAAGUUCAGUACACAUGACGCAGCACAUGAUUAGCUAUAUUACAGAAUGUCAUAAUCCACAUUGAUUUAAAUGAAGUAUAUGUUUAAGCACUUAAUACCAGGGAUACAAGGAUAAACGGGAAAGGUUGAAAUAUUGUUCCUAGUAACCCUUACAAUAAUAAUACACUUGAACAACUUCAGCACAAAGCUGACAUGCAGACUGUUUUCUCAUUAUAUGACAGAUAGCGAGAAAGAUAGACACGUUAUUAAUCUCCAAGAGAAUAUCACAUUACCAGCAGCUCUGGAAAAAUAUCACAAUACGUAAUGAGAAACAGAAUGGGAAUAAAUAAUUUCAAAUUUGUUGUGCAAUAAUACAUAGUAAGUUAAUAAGUCCAUUCCUGUGUGUGUUUUUAUCACUCCCCAUCUGUUGUGCUGAGAGGCCACAUGGCGUAUAUAUAUAUUUAUAGAUAUAUAGAUAUAUAUACACGGUGGCGGGAAAAAGGCUUUGUCCCCUUCCUGAUGUCUCAGUAUUUUGUAUGUUUGUCACACUUUAAUUUUCCAUAACAAACUCAUUUAAAUAUUAGUCAAUGGCAACACAACUGAACACAAAAUGCAGUUUUUAAAAGAAAGUUUUUAUUAUUAAAGGAGAAAAAAAUCUGUGUGAAAAAGUGAUUGUCCCCUAAAGCUAAUAACUGGCUGGGCCAUCCUUAGCAGCAACAACUGCAAUCAAGCGUUUGUGAUAACUUGCAAUGAGUCUCUUCCAGCGCUGUGGAGGAAUUUUGUCCCACUCAUCUUUGCUGAAUUGUUGUCAUUCAGCCACAUUGGAGCACCUUUUUAAGGUCAUGCCACAGCAUCUCAAUAGGAUUCAGGUCAGGACUUUGACUCGGCCACUCCAAAGUCUUCAUUUGGUUUUUCUUCAGCCAUUCAGAGGUGGACUUGCUGGUGUGUUUUGGAUCAUUGUCCUGCUGCAGAACCCAAGUUGGUUUCAGCUUCAGGUCACCAACAGAUGACCGGACAUUCUCCUUCAUAAUUUUUGGUAGACAGCAGAAUUCAUGUUCUUUCCAGGUCCUGAAGCAGUAAAACAGCUUCAGACCAUCACACUACCACCACCAUAUUUUACUCUUGGUAUGAUGUUAUUUAUCUGAAAUGCAGCAUUACUUUUACGCUAGAUGUAAUGGGACACACACCUUCCAAAAUUUUUUGUCUCGUCAGACCACAGAGUAUUUUCCCAAAGGUCUUGGGGAUCAUCAAGAUGUUUUCUGGCCUUCAUGUUCUUUUCGUUUAGCAGUGGUUUUGGUCUUGGAACUCUGCCAUGCAGGCUGUUUUUUCCCAGUGUCUUUCUUAUGGUGGAGUCAUGAACACUGACCUUAACUGAGGCCACUGAGACCUACAGUUCUUUGGAUGUUGUUGUGGAGUCUUUUGUGACCUCUUGGAUGAGUUGUCGCUGCGGUCUUGGGGUCAUUUUGGUUGGACAUUUGUUCGAAUGUUUUCGCCAUUUGUGGAUAAUAGCUCUCACUGUGGUUGGCUGGAGUCCCAAAGCUUCAGAAAUGACUAUACCUUUUUCCAGACUGACAGACAUAAAUUAAUCUUAGUUAAGUUUUAGCAGAGGGACAAUCACUUUCAGAUACAGGAUCAUGUCGGUAUGAUUUUUUUUUCCCCUUAACAAUAAAAAGUUUCAUUUAAAAACGCUUUUUCAGAGCACUAUUUUCAGUAUAUGACCUUGAUGGUGGUAAAUAUUUGGAUGUUCCUACCAUACGUAGAAUUUGGAUGAGCAAAGAUGUAUUUAUUAUUAUUUAUUCAUUAAGAUGACAAAUUUUUAAAAAACACAUUACAUAAAUGCAUUUUAUUUAUUUAAAAACUGUCAAAAAAUAGUUUUGACAUAAUUUGUUUAUUAAUAAGUAUGGAAAAUAACAAAUUAAUUAUAGCUCAUUAGCUCUUAUAAAAGGUAUGUAAAGGUUUUUAAAAAUGAGUCUUUUGUAUGUAGUGAAAUAUAUGUAGGUAGCUGCCCGAGACUGGAUUGCUUUUAUUGUGUUUUAUCAACUCCGAUAAAUAAUGUAAAUAUCAAAGUGGCCCCAAUACAAUGUGGAGGAUAUUACUAUACCAUAAAUGAUGAGAUGGCAGCUUCCUCUUCCUCCUCCAACACAUGCAGCAGCGUCAUGUUGGUUUAUUGUUUUAAUUUUUGUCAUUCAUGUAUUUACAGAUGGAGCAAAUAUUCACUGUAAGGGGGGAACAUUACCGGGGGAAUAAUUUAUAGCAUUUGUAUUAUUCAAUGACAUUCAUUGCCGCUUCUAUUCCCAUCUCAGGGUGAGCUUUUAGUUGAUUUCUCCAACAUGUCUACAGCGACUCAACACUGAUGAUGUUUUUUUUUGUAAAUGUCACUUUAAUUGUUUAAUUGUCGUUAUUGGAUGUGUUGGACUUGUGUUUUGACGUGUCUCUCACGCCAGCGGAACAAUGUGACACAAAUAAAAGUUUGCUAUUGGCUUCUACGUAUUUUGGCUCACAGAGCGCUGCCUGAGCGUGGUGUUAAAUCGGCCGCCAUCGCCGCCACAAGUUAUCAUUUAGCAAGUCAUCAUCACGUCCAAGCGUAGCGCUUUCACGCUCUAAUGGGCCGUGCGCCCUGGCAUUGAUCGUCGAUGCUUUUCAUGUCCUGGAAAAUGUUAGCACGGGAAGCACAGACAUGUGGCAGUUCUGUCACGUGUGUCUCUUGUCCACAUGCUCUCGUCAAGAAAACCACAACAAAUAAACUCAAAUGAUCACAAAUAAGUAAGUCACUGCAAGUGAACAUUUUGCCAUGAUGCUGGAAUUCCUCCAAUUUAAAAAGUCUUUUAGUCUGUAGCUUUAAUGCUAAUGAUCUGUGUUUGUCUCUGACAGAGAUCCAAGAAGCACCAUUGUGUUCUUAAUCCUCUGUUGACAUCCCUCAAAUUAGAUGGCAUCACUAAAAAUGUUGUUUUUAAAUAUGAGCCACUAAAAAAAUGUGCAUUUAAGCAAAUGAUACAUAUAUUUUUUGCCUAAGUGAAUCAUUUUGAGUGCUGUGUGUCUGUUAUUUCCAUCAGAGUUGAACAGCUGCCACUGUGUUAAGCUGUAGU